AUGACAUCCCUAGACGAAUCGCAGGAGCCGCACGACAUGACUCUCAUUGUUGACCAAUCUGUUUCGUUAACCGUCAGCGCGGACUCGCUCUUCAUUCGCGAUGACCGCUCGACUCACAAGAAAGAUCGUCGCUGCUGCGGAUUGCUCCAUUCUAGUAAGUUUGUCCAGCCCAUCUCUGCGUUAUGUCGCGCAAUGCUGUUCAAUGGAAUCAGUCUGACCGAGCUAUUGCGCGCACUUGUAGAACCAGAGACGAACCAUGCUAUUUCGCUGUACAACAUCCUCGGCGCCGAAGUCACUGCUUCCAAUCUUGUCAUCGCGUACGCACAGCCCGCUGCCAAGGACAAUGUUUCCGUAACAACCGUCCAAUACCAAAUCUCCGAAAAAGAAAAGAAGGCCGUCGAGACAUGGGUUACGAGGCUUCUUUCUCUGGCGUAUGGCAAGGCGAUCCGUGGCAAGCGGUUGAAGGUGUUGGUCAAUCCAUUUGGUGGGAAGGGGACAGCUGCGAGCUUGUACCAGCGAUAUGCGGCGCCAGUUUUCGCCGCGGCGAAAUGCCAGGUCGAUGUACAGCAGACCGAAUACAGGGGCCAUGCUAUUGAGAUUGCGGAAAAGCUCGAUCUUGACGCCUACGAUGCAGUCGUUUGCUGCUCCGGCGACGGUUUGCCCUAUGAGGUUUUCAAUGGACUGGGCAAGCGGCCGGAUGCUCGGAAGGCGCUGGCCCAGAUCGCCGUUACGCUGCUCCCAUGUGGCUCUGGGAAUGGGUUGACAUGGAAUUCCUUUGGGACUGGUAGCGUCUCCAUUGCGGCGUUGGGCAUUGUUAAAGGGCUGAGAACACCCUUGGACUUGAUCUCGAUCACGCAGAAGGAUUCGCGCACACUCUCUUUCCUCUCUCAGUCAUUUGGCAUCGUUGCCGAGUGUGAUUUGGGCACGGAGAAUAUUCGCUGGAUGGGCGCUCAGCGGUUCACAUACGGUUUCCUAGUCCGCUUGUUGCGGCAGACGAUUUGGCCUUGUGACAUAGCCAUCAAGGUGGAAAUUGGCGACAAGGAGGCGAUUAAAGCGCACUACGCUGCAUGGUCUACUCGCCCAGAGCAGCCGGAUGCUGACAGCAAACGCUUCGAGAUCGCAGCUGAGUCCCCGGGUUUACCAGAGCUGAAGUACGGCACAGUGACAGAUGAGCUGCCGUCGGGAUGGGAAGCUGUCUCCGGCGAAACGAUGGGGAAUUUCUACGCUGGAAAUAUGGCUAUUAUGUCGAAAGACACAAACAUGUUCCCUGCGACAUUGCCGGACGACGGCCUCAUGGACGUGAUCACCAUUGACGGUAAAAUCAGCCGUGGCACAGCACUUAGCAUGAUGAAUGAAGUCCCCACGGGUCGCUUCUUCGAUAUGCCAGACAUGCACCUCCGCAAGGCGUCCGCAUUCCGUCUAACUCCUCGCCAGAAAGAUGGCUACCUCAGCAUUGACGGUGAACGAAUGCCGUUCGAGGCAUUCCAGGCUGAGGUUCACCAGGGUCUGGGUACUAUUCUCACCAAAUCGGGUCGUUCCUACGAGGCACCAGGUCCCCUGAUGAGCUGA